AUGUCCCGCAACCUCUCCCUCGUCGAACCCCACCCCUCCGUCCCCUCGACCGGCGGCUACGUGCACGCCGGCCGCGGCGGUGCCGGCAACUACAAACACUACCAGCCCUCCACCCUCACCUCAGGCCCCUCAGCCACCGGCCCCGCCUCCCGCAUCUCCCUCUCCAAACCCUUCUCCAAACGCCCUUCCGCACCGCAUCCAACCGGCCGGGGAGGGGCAGGGAAUAUGUUCAAGCCUUCAUCCACAGGGCCGGGGGAGGAGGAGCGGGUGUUCCAGUUCGAUGAGGAGAUGGUGCGGAGACGGGAGGGACAGGGCGUGGCGCCUGUGUAUCAUAUUGGGAGGGGCGGGGCGGCGAAUGUGGUUAAGGAGGAACGGCCGGGACGGACGGAGAGGGUGGGGAGUACGGCGAGUGUGCUGAGUUCGAGUUCGGAGGGGAGUGGAGGGGGGAAGAAGGAGGGGGCGUUUGCGAAGUUGGCGAGGAGGUUUUCAUGA